AUGAUCUCUAAGCCAACACAUUUAGUCGGUCGGAGCGAUGGUGUAGUGGUUAAGGGUCCUGGCAUUGUUUACGCGGUGUCCACGUUCGAAUGCAAAGAAAUUCCCGCCCAUCACAUGCAAAAUCAGUCCAAAGCCAAGAAAGAAAAAGAGGCCAAAUCGUCAAAAACCAGCAGUUCAGGAACGCCUCCAAAAGUGUUGGCCCCUGGUUCUGCUGCUGAUGGUCCACACCACGGGGGCGAUUAUGACGGCAGCUACAUGCCCAUGGACCCUGACGCUUCCAUCCAACCCAACUCGUAUGAUCCUGGCUACUUUAGGACUACAUCAUUCGGAAGUCAAAACCAGUACAGAGAGAUGAAGUCAGGUCUGAAAGAGGAGGACAAGUCGUCAAGCGCGCCUCAUCUGAAAAAUGAAAGUGAGAAGUCUGGAGAUAUUGCGGCCUCUGCGGCUGAUGCUUUUUGUGGCGGGAGUGGUGCUGCAGUCGGUGGUGACGAUGGGGCUGGCAGAGGUGCAAAAGCCAAGUCAACAAAACCUCCAAAGUACACGUGGUAUUGUAACAAGUGCAGUCAAUCCAAUUACUCUUCCAUCCCCAACUUCGAUCCUUACGCUGACCUGACAUUCGAUUCAACGUCCACAUCGACGAAAAGUCUCUUGGGGGGAAAGAAACAACGUGCCACUGGCAAGAAACCUAUACUAGAUCCCAAGGAGCAGAAGAUCAAAGAACAUUUUGAAACUAUUCGAAUUAUAGAAGAAAGUAGCAAACAACAUCCUGACGAUUUCAGACCUCGCUUAUCCACCGCGCCAAGUUCUCAACCGGCCAGUCAACUCUCGCGAAUCAGAACCUAUACAGAAAGUACAAAAUCAAGUUGCAAGGGGUACGCCAGGAACAUUAUGUCGAAAGGGAGAAGAACGUUGCCCAGCAGCAGUUUGGACGAAGGUCCAUCCUACCUCCCUAUGAACGCUCAUCUAUUUCAAUCGGAGUUCAAUCCAGAUUCGGAUGACAUGUACAUAAAUAUGUCGUUGGCACCGGAUGAAAAAGAAGAGGAAGUGUACGAACGUAUGUCAUUCAAAACCUCCUCUCGAUUCAAAUCGACGACAGCCGCACCGACCCGCGUAGCAGUCAGCAGUAUGAGCAGUAGCGAUAGAAACUCGACAAAUAGUGAAGUAUUUAUAUCACCGUUGCCUGCCUGCCCGAAUUAUCUCGAAAUGAAGAUUACGACGACAGCAACCACCUCAGCUACGACGACGACGACAUUUACGUCCACAACUCGAACUAGUUCAUCCUCCACAAACUCACCUCCGUCGUCUGCAUCGCCGCUAUCAUCGGCGUUGUCCUUAGUCCCGACAGCCACAAUGACCACGUCGACGACAACCCUCACCUUUUCAGAUUACCUCCCGAUGAAUUUUGAUAACAAACCGCCUCAUAACUAA